AUGUCGACCCGGACUGCCAACGGUCUCCAGGGCCUUCUAGGGGGACUAGGGAUAGAGAGACCGACCCCGUCUCUCAAAGUGGCAGAUAUUCAAAACAAUCCUAUGGACCUUUUUGCUUCAUAUCUUGCUGAUGACCUCAGUCAACUCACUAAGUGUUCAUCGGAAGAAGCCUACGGUUCGAUACAUUGGCCAAACGAGCUCGGAGACCUCGUGGUAGCCGUGGCAAAGCUACAACUUCAUGACAUUCCCCCAGGUGAUCUUGCGACUGACCUUAGAGAAAGAUUCCCAGCCUCGCCCCUUUUUGCCCAUCCAUUCGAAGAUGGAAAUCAGCUUCGAGUGUUUUUCAACCCAACUACUCUUGCGCGAGUCCUUUUGCCCUACAUUAUUGACCGUGGGCAAUUAUAUGGUACGGACCGGUCAGAUGAGCAUCGAGAGCUUGAUUCUCCGGAGGGCAAGCGCAAGAAAAUCAUUGUUGACUUUUCGUCACCCAACAUGGGAAACGAAUUCAACGGCAUGCAUCUGAGAAGCACUCUGAUUGGUGCAUAUAUCGUCGCCAUCCAUGAAGCACUGGGAUGGGAUGUAUACAAAAUGAAUUAUAUCGGAGAUUGGGGCAAGCAUAUCGGGCUCCUCGCUGUGGGCUGGGCGAGAUUUGGCUCGGAAGAACUCUUCGAGACUGACCCGCUGAGACAUCUCCUGGACGUUUAUGUUGAAAUUGAAAAGGAAUUCAAAGCGGAAGUGGAAGCGGCUAAGAAAUCCCGAGCUGAGAAUCCAGACAAUCCGGUGCAUGAACCAAUCGCGGCCGAGAGAGACGAAUUCUUCAAAAAAAUGGAAGAUAGAGACCCGAAUGCACUUGCUCUGUGGCAACGAUUUCACGACGUCUCUGUCGAAAAAUACACCGACGUCUAUGCGCGGCUGAAUAUCCAAUUUGACGAUUCCGGGGGCGAAUCGCAAGUUAGCCCGGAUACGAUUGCCGAGGUGGAAGCAAUUCUGACCCAAAAAGGGGUGUAUGAGGAGAGCAAAGGAGCUCGGAUUAUUGAUUUCAAGAAGCAUGGAGCAGAGGGCCUUCGGACCGGUGUGUUGCGUUUUUCUAAUGGCACUACAAGUUAUCUACUCCGAGAUAUCGCGGCCGUCCUGGAUCGAAGUACAAAACACAACUUUGACAAGAUGUACUACGUGGUUUCGAUGAAUCAAACUCCACAUUUCUUACAACUUUUCAAAGCUCUUGAAUUGAUGGGUCGCUCUGACCUGACAGAGCGACUUAAACAUGUCAGCUUUGGCAAGGCUGAAGGAUUAUCGAAACCACCCAACAGCAACGGACUCCUGCUGAGAGAUAUCCUCGAUCAAUGCCGAGAUAGCAUGCAACACCUUUUGAAGGAGCAUCAAGACGAAUUGAUUGAAUUCCAGGGCGACAACUCGUCCAAGAUUUCGGACUUCCUCGGUGGGUGUGCCCUUAUGACCCAGGAUCUUUCCAUCAGACGAGCGGCUGCGUUUACUUUCGACACCGAAAAAAUGGGGGCGAUGUACGGGCACACCGGAUUGAGUCUACAGAAGUGGUAUCUAAGACUUCGCUCGAAGCUCCUGGGUGUGAUGAUAGAUCGAGAUGAACUGGCGAAGCUGGACUAUUCCUUGUUCGAAGAAGAAGUCUUUGCUGAUGUCCUUCGCCUUCUCGUCCAGUUUCCGGGGAUAGUCAAGGUGUCAUUCAAUCAUAUCGAGUCUUCGAUCAUCCUGACGUAUCUGUUCAAGCUUUGCGACUCCCUGUUUGCCGUCUGGGAACGAGAGGAAGAAGAAGAGUCCGGGGGAUCACAGCAGGUCUUGACCAAGUUCGCGUUCUACGAAUGUGUAUGUCAGGUGCUGGAGAAUGGGAUGAAAAUGGUGGGCUUGGUGCCGAUGAAAAUGUACGGAUGA